AUGAAAGAUGUAUUAGAGCAGCCUACAAAAGAGUUGAUGGGAAAAAUUGAAUUCAUUAAAUUAUUAUGUCAUCUUGGUGUUUCAUAUCAUUUUCAGAAUGAGAUUGAAGAUCAACUAAAUCAUAUUUUCAUUCAUCUUUUUGAAUUAUUAGAAGAUAAUAACUAUGAUCUCAAUAUUAUAGCGACUGCAUUUCAAAUUUUAAGAGAACAUGGAUACAAGAUGUCUUCAGAUGUGUUCAACAAAUUCAAGGAUAGUGAUGGAGGGUUCAAGAAAACAAUCACCAAUGAUGUGAAAGGCCUUCUGAGCUUAUACGAAGCUACCUUUUUUAGAGGACAUGGGGAAGAUAUUUUAGAUGAAGCUCUUGCUUUUACAAGGCAACACUUGGAAAUCUUAGCUGAGCAAUCAAGUCCUCAUCUUGCAAAUUAUAUAAAAAAAGCUUUGGUGCUACCAUUCCACCGUAACUUAGAAAGACUAGAGGCUAAGAAAUACAUAGCCUUCUAUGAAGAAGAGGAGUCUAAGGAUGAAACUCUGCUCAGGUUUGCUAAGUUGGAUUAUAAUCGACUGCAAUUAUUAUACAGACAAGAGCUAGCCUCACUCUCAAGAUGGUGGAAAGACUCGGAUGUAGCAGAAAAGCUUGAUUACUCAAGGGACAGAAUAGUGGAGGCUUAUAUGUGGGCAAUUGGUCCUCAUUUCGAGCCUCAGUAUUCUGUUUCCAGGAUUCUUGUGGCCAAAUAUAUAGAAAUCUUAACGCUAAUAGAUGACACAUAUGAUGGAUAUGCUACAAUUGAUGAAGUUCAACAUUUCACUGCUGCAGUUGAGAGGUUGGUUAACUAUUUUCGAGGAUUUAUAUAGCAAUUAUUAAUAAAG